GAAGAGACAGUUACAAUUUGUUUCAUUCUAACUUAUUGCAUUAGUUUAGGAAGUAAAUUUUUCUCGGAGAAGACGUUUUGGUUUGGAAUGUACUCCAAAAUUAGUUCAGAAUUCUUCAAAAAAGAACAGACCUAGUGCAUUGACUGGUGUAAAUGUGUAUACGUACAUAUGUAUGUUAGGAAUUCAUAGCAUAGUUCGGAGCAUAGUUUUAUUUCACAUUACACAAAAAAUGGCAGAAAAUUUCGGGAAGGAAACCUCGCCGAUUUAUAACGAGGAGACAAAGACUGCGGGACAACCGUUGUCAGAUUUCUUGAUGCAAUUGGAGGAUUAUACACCUACGGUACCUGAUGCCAUCACUGAACAUUACUUGCACACGGCUGGUUUCAACGCUAUAGAUCCUAGGAUAGUACGCCUGGUGUCAUUAGCAGCACAAAAGUUUAUCUCAGAAAUUGCCAACGAUGCGCUGCAGCACUGUAAAACACGUGGUGCCAAUCAGAAUACAAAAACAAAAGGAAAAGACCGACGUUACACUCUGACUAUGGAAGAUCUGACACCAGCAGUUGCGGAAUAUGGCAUAAUAGUGAAGAAACCACAUUAUUUCGUUUAAUUG